GAUUGUGUAUUUGUGUAUAGACAACACUAGCCUCAAAGAUAACAACCCCAUCCAUCCCCCUAUCAAACCAAACAAACACCACCUCUCAUCCUCCCAUGGCUGCCGCGCCACUCCUCUCUCUCUCCUCCCUCCUCUCCAUCUCCAGAAUUUCACCCUACAGACCCCGUGACAUCCUUCCCUCCACCGCCCGCUCAACUCCGUUGAGGCUCCGAGCAGAGGGCCCCAAAAACAUCGACAUCCUCGGAGACUUCGGAGCACGGGACCCUUUCCCCGCCGAGAUCGAGAGCAAUUUCGCCGACAAAGUUCAGGGAAACGUCAGCACCGAGCACAAGAUUUUGAUACCCAAUGCUUCCGCCCUCUCCCUCGCGCAGAUGCAGUGCGCUGCCAUCGCCGACAUCCACCACGCCUUGUCCCUCGACGAUGCCAAAAAGCUGCUCUUCAAGGUAGUUGGAUGGAAACUGCUUGAUGAGGAAGAUGGUUUGAAGCUUGAAGGGGUGUGGAAAGUUAGAGAUGAAAAGUGUGGGGAAGAACUCAUCAAUCGGAUCAAUAGCAAAGUCGAAUCCACAGGGCAUCUACCUCAACUUCAUUUUGAGGCGCCAAAUCUAGUUAGAGCUCGCCUUUGGACUCCCUCACUUGGUGGGCUCAGUUUUAAUGACUUCAUCGUUGCUGCUAAAAUAGACGAGAUUAAGGUAUCAGAUCUUCAGCCGAGGCUCAGAGUGUGGGCUUAAAAAGUUCUCAAAUGCUAAAUUUUCAUAGAUUUGUAUUGUUUCUUACGCUUUUAUAAUUAUUACAUACUAAAAUCUUGACAA